ACAACUCCCAGGAUGCACUCGGAUUUACUGUGGCACUGGACGGGGGAAGGGAAAACUGAGAUUGGAGGGAGAAAAUAAUCACAAACUGAGGUUGUGUUUCAUAAAUAUACGUUCACAUGCCAAUUUGCGAAAUAAGACAUCGAACGCAACGCUUUCAAAUUCAGAUGUCCUAAUAUGGAAGCAUGACACCUCCUUUCAAGGACCAUGGACACAAAGUAAUCCCUUCCAUGCACCGCUCACAAUUACCGGACCAUUGUAACAUUCAACUGUAUGCCCUUUCAUGUAAGGCUGAAGACCUGCGCACAGCAGCACUGAUGCAAGUAACGUGAACAGGAGCACCACGCGGUUGCCCCAAUGCCCCUGAGAUUCCUCCUAAGUGCCAAAGUAAUGAAGCGUCUUGGACAGGAAGGGCCCAGCCUUACCAACCGAUGUCAUUAUCAAGCCUCCACAUUCGUCUACUGGGUCAGAUGAGACAACACAGCGCCCAGGCUUCUCUGUGGAAGGUGGAGGGAGGGAGUCUUUCAGCACACCUGCCUAUCGCUAGACGGCUGUCUCUUCCAGUCAACUCCUGAGGGAAGACCCCCUGUGUAGCUCACUCGGCACGCACAACACAGACGCAUUGUUGUAACGCAGUGACUUAAAGAAUCGCCGGUUCGUUGCUUGAAACAUUCACAGCCGGGUCGCCAUCAACGUUUACAGACUGUACACAAAGAAGAUGAAUGGGACUAACAUCAUCCAUGGACAGUAACAGUAACUAAGCGUUGGAAAUACAUUUGACCUUGGACAUUUAGCUUUACAUGCAUACAAGGAGAGAAGAGUGACACUCUGAGCGGCUCUUGAACAUAAACCAUGGUGGACUUCACGUCAGCUCCUUGUCGAGUCCAUGACCUCAGCGGCCUAUAGAGGGAACGAUCCGGAAGAACGUUCUCUGACAAACUCCCACAUAUGCAAUGGAAGGAGACAUUAGUGUUGAAUCACACACUGAGGGUCUGACAUGUUUGUCCCAUGAAUGUAAACCAUUCGAGGAGGUCACGAACGGCCACUCCAUCCACAAGCCGGUGACGAAUGGACUCCCCAUCGGCCAUCGUGUUAAAGAGCAGAGCAAUGGAAACGCUUCGCUGCGUUCGCUGCCGAUCUCAGCACUGAAGCAGAAUGGCCUUCUGCAGACCUUGGCUGCGGGAGGGGAGCCUAUGGUGGCAGAGGAGAGCUCUGAGCUGGAGAAGGCCAGGGAGGAAUGGGAGGCGGUGGAGAGCGUCCAGCCAGCGGCCAGUGAAGAGUCGGUGCCGACGCCUCUCAUCUCCUUCAACGAGGCCCUGCAGUACUUUCAGACCACGGACCUCGGGGAGCUCCUGAGGAACAUACAGCCCACCGUUCGUAGGACCGGCCUGGCCGCCAUCACGCACUUCUUCUUCGGACCCCCGCGGCUGCACAGAGACCUCCUGGAGGAGAGGGACCUUGUGUUUGCCAUUGCACAAUGUUCUCUCGACAACAGCCAGGCGGUGCACAUGCGUGUCCUCCAGACCAUCUACAAGAGGCUGGUGGGCGGCCGGCUGGACUGCGCUCGCUACGGAGACCACUGGGAGAACAUCGGCUUCCAGGGUACGGACCCGGCUACUGACCUGCGUGGGACGGGCUUCCUAGGCCUGAUGCACACGCUAUACUUCGUCAUGGACCCGGAGACUCUGCCGUUGGCCCGGGACAUCUACAAGCUCUCCCAGCACCCCACACAGAAUUUCCCCUUCAGCGUGAUGUCAAUCAACAUGACCCGCAUCGCCCUGCAGGUGCUGCGGGAAGAAGCCCUCUCCAAGGAGUGUAACCGGCGGCAGCAGGUGGUGGGGGUGCUGAACGAGUUCUACGUGGCCACGUAUCUGCACCUGUUCCAGCUGUGGAAGACCCAGCAGAAGACCAUCUCUGACUCCGGCUACGUGCUUAAAGAGGUGGAGCUGUUUGCCAAGAAGAACCCCAAGCAGAUGAUGCGGCGGCUGGAGGUCUUCCUGAAGGAGCAGCGGGCGGGGGCGGGGCCGCGGGGGCCGUCGCCGGACCCCCAGGGCCAGCAGGGGGGCUCCCCCAGCCUGGGAGGAGCCAGAACGGGACCAGGGUCGGGAUCAGGGCAGGGCAGCAAGGAGAAGCAGAUGCACUUCACUGGAGUAUGUGAGCUACCCCCGGACAUGGAAGGAGAGGCCAGACUCAUCUAAGCUAGGCUGUGUGUGUGUGUGUGUGUGUGUGUGUGUGUGUGUGUGUGUGUGUGUGUGUGUGUGUGUGUGUGUGUGUGUGUGUGUGUGUGUGUGUGUGUGUGUGUGUGUGUGUGUGUGUGUGUGUGUGUGUGUGGUCUGAGGAGGAUGCGUACCCCACUCAGCCCUAAUUACCCAGGCGCUUCUAGCAGACUUCCCCCCCCCUGACCCAAGCUGUGCAGCCCCAUGCCCAUCCAUAUAAUCUGGCUCUAUGAACGAGACGGUGGGGUUCGCAGUCGCAGGGCUGAUGCCGACCAAUCCACACAAGAUGAUCCACAACUACAGCUACCACGGCAACAACGCAAAAUAAAACCAAGAGGAAAACAGAUGUUUUGCUUAUCGGGUUUAGCCGCUGCCUAAAGGCCGUCCUUGUCUGCUCUGUCUCCGUCAGGCCGGUGGCAUCCCGCCGUGGGCGGACAGACAGACAGACGGACGGCACUGUGCUGGGUGCACUUUGUUUGGUGGAGGAGGGGGGAGGGGGGGGGGGGGGGGGUUGCAUUCCCUGCUGUAAUGCAUUCUUAGUGAGGGUGUUUUUAGAAGAAUUUAGAAAAAUAUGAGGUCCGGUCGAGGCCAGUCUCCCGGGCGUUGGAUAAGAAUAGGUGUUGAUUAGAGAUUAACGUGGUCGAAGAAAACUAUAAUCUAUAAAUGUAUAUAUAAAUAUUACGCAUAAAUAUAUAAAAAAUAUAUAUAUAUAAAUAUAUGUAUAUUUUAAAUGAUCUAAGGAUGAGUAAUAUUGAGGAUCCUUUGCAAAGGGACUGCGCAUCCCUAAAGUUACCUAGAAUAGUUUAAAGGCAGCCCAGAGCUUCAAUGGGGGGGGGGGGACACUCUGGUCCUCCCUGAACGUCGGAAGGUCCUCCCUUAAUGUCAGAAGGUCCUCCCUUAACGUCAGAAGGUCCUUACCAACGCUGCCCAUGGCGUCAGCGGCGUAGGUAGGUCUAGCGUAGCGAUAGCCUAGCGAUAGCGUAUGUGCUUGCCUCGGCCCCAGAGGGCCGGGCCAACCUUCUGCUAUUUGAGCUGUCUUUACAUUCCGAGCAUGUGACAGUGUGUGCAGUUGCAAAAAUGGAGUGUGUGUGUGUGUGUGUGUGUGUGUGAGAGUGAGAGAUGGAUGAAACGAACAAGCUGAUAUCGGACGCAGGGGGCCUCUCAUAAGAGACGUGUGGUACGGUAUGCAAUCCCAGCUCUCCCUCAAUGAUAAUCAACACAAGAAAAAAACGACAGUGCUGUGUGACGAUCGACUUCGUUCCUAACUUCAGGGUUUGUGUGCAUGAGCCAGUGAACGAGUGCGUGUGUGUGUUUUAUGUGUGUGUGCGUCACACGACAGGAACUGACAACAGAUGGGUUGUUUGUGUUUGUGUUUUUUUUUUUUUUUGUUUACUUGGCACACGAUAAAGCCAGCUUUUAUCAAAGCACCUGCUGCAUUAAGCUACGUCGUACCCACGAGUGGAACACUACAGUCCUCCUGAGAGAGCCAGAGAAGGGACCCGCUCCGAAUACACACAACACAUUUACCCCGCGCGUUCGCUACAGACCCUGGGCGGGUCGGGCCUCCAACAGGCCUCCGUUCCCGGUCGUACUUCAACACCCCCCCCCUCCACCGCUGGCACCUUGGUGGUCUCGACGCGAAAACCGCCAACGUCCCUUCCCGCACGUUCCUGGCCUGUAGCGUUCUUCAGGUAGCAACUAGUACUGUAGCAUCGCAUAGCCUCCUCCUCCUCCUCCUCCUGGUAAAGCUUCAGUAAUCAGCCGAUCGCGUCAGUGAGUACGGGGAAAGAGCGCUUCACGCUCGGCUCUCUGCCUCAGUGACACCCUCCUCCUCGUCAGUGACAUCCUCCUCCCAGUGUCUCCCUCCCUGCCCACUGGCCGCGGGGUGAUCCUAUUAUUUAUGGAUGCCCUGGUCGAGGGGUCGGAGUGCUCGGUUCAGACGUCCUACUUUGGCCUCUGUGCGUCCGGCUUUGUGUGACGUUUCAUUUAGAAGUCUUCGGGCCUCAUUGUGCCGCAACGGCAGGUCAUCCAUGCGUGUGAAACGGUACUGCUGAAGCAGAACCCCCGCUACACCCCCGCUACACCCCCGUAAUCCACUCAGAGAACGCACACGCAGGCCUGCCGCGCGUGUGGAAAAAGAUAAAUCAAUAAAUACAACGAUACGCAGUUCUAUUUUUUAUUAUUUAUUGACAUUUUUUAUACACCCUUUACCGACUUUUUACAAGUGAGCUGAAUAUUAUAAUUUUUUGCCAAGUGCUUGCAAGUGUUUUAGUUGGACAGCAGAAUUUGCACUCUUUGUAGAAUAUUGAUUAUGUGUUUGAGGCGGAGGAGGAGGGGGAGGGAGGGGGGUCCAGGCCAUCUACAAUAGCCAUAAUGCUUAUUAUUGCCCACCUGUGUAAAUCAGGCUACAUGUCAUAGCCCCCUUUCCUUGCCGCUCAAUCGGAUUGUGGAUAUGAUCUCACGUUUAGUUUUAUUUGAUCUCUAUCAAAAGGUGUGUGUGUGUGUGUGUGUGUGUGUGUGUGUGUGUGUGUGUGUGUGUGUGUGUGUGUGUGUGUGUGUGUGUGUGUGUGUGUGUGUGUGUGUGUUCUGUGUGAGUGUGUGUGCUCGCGUGUGCAUCAGGAAGUUUGUACAUAGAGAAUAAGUGAUUGUAUUUGUAUGAUUGUCAGUAGGGCAUUAAAACUGAGACACAUUUCUUACCUCAAGACCUGAGAGGAAUCUCUCCCUCCUCUCUCUUGAUGUUUGUACGGGAGGCCGCCGCCCACUCCGUUAUGUUCGGAUCCAACGCUACGUUCUCUGUUGGUUUGGUUUCGUCUCUGUUCUGUUGGUUUCCUUUUAGUCCCUAUGGGUUUUCUUUGUCAUACAAUUUGAAUAUAUAUUACAUGAAAUGUAAUAUGCAUUCAAACAUGCUGUGUCGAAAGAAAAACCCCUACAUGAUGGCAUAUUUAAACAAACGAGUUAGUCAAUGUGUAUGUGUAUACUAGAAAGACAUUUAGAGACACACUAUAGGCCCUUACACUUAGAAUACGGAGACAGAAGAUCACGUUGGAUUGGCUGCCGUUUACCAUGUGGAUAUAAGCUGGUUUCUUGUGGCUUCAGUGGUAGUACAGUAUACUCUUGCUGUGAUCUAAGUGUUUGAUGUCAAGAGAAAAACACUCACUUCAACCCUGUCCUAACAGCUGCACUCACUAAAAACAAGCCGGUGCAAUAUAUGAUUGUAAGUAUAUAGGCUACUGUAUUAUUAGCAGUCACAAUACUGUAUACGCUUCAAACCUUAGCAUAUAUAUUCAAUAUCCGAAGACUUCUUUUUUUUUUUCUCUCCAAAUAAAAAUCAUGAAUGACUCCAGCUUUUAUUUUUUGACCGGUUCCAACGGAUCAAAUUAUCUAUGCGUUGGUUAUCGUUUGGAAAAGUAAUCCAGAUCAAAGUGGAAACGGGUCCAUGCAGAAUGUUGGACGCUCUCGUCCGGGGAGCGUUCUGAAGAUCUGCUUCCUACAAUAGCUCGGCUGAUACAAUCACUUCUCUCAAUAUCCUGCGCUUUGUAUGAAGGUGUUUUACUGUUGCCGUUGUCUUGUCUCAGAGCAUUUUAUGACUGUACCUUGAUUGUAGAAGCCCCUAUUUUGUAAUGAGAGGUAUUUCAGAUGAUGUGCUGUUGUACAUUCAAUGUAUUGUAUGAAGAACGUUAAAUAAAUGCCGUUUUAAAAUUG